GAAUGAAUUUUCAAGGAUUGUCUUUUCGUUUGUCUUCUGUUGAUGACACUAGCUGUCACUUUCCCCUUCGAGGCAGGCUUGCAGGCCUUCUUUCAUUUCCUCCAAUCACCAAACUUCUCCUUCCGCAGGGCCUUCCCACAGGCUGUUCUUUUCCCCAUGUCUGCUCCAAUUUAUUUCAUUAUUAUUUUUUAAAAAUGUGGUAAAAUAUGCAUGUUAUUGGCUGAAUUCCCUCCCCCCAAAUUCAUAGGUAAAAGCCGUAACCUCCAGUACCUCAGAAUGUGACUGUAUUGACAGGGUCUUUAAAGAGGUGAUAGAGUUAAAAUGAGAUCAUUAGGGUGGGCCCUAAUCCAAUAUGACUGGUGCUCUGGUAAGAAGAGGAGAAUUUCAACACAGACAGUUGCUGAAGGAAAGCCUUGUGAAGACAGAGGGAGAAGAUGGCCACCAGCAAGCCAAGGAGAGAGGCCUCAGAAGACCCCAAUCCUGUUGACACCUUGAUCUUGCACUUUUAGCUUCCAGAAAAUAAGUUUCUGUUGUUUAAGCCACCUUGUCUGUGGAACUUGGUUGUGGUAGCCCAAGCAAACUACUGUAAUACGUAACACAAAUUUUACCAUUUUAACAAGAUGUACAGUUCAGUGGCAUUAAGUACAUUCACAUUGUUGUGCGACCAUCAUCACCAUCCAUUCCAGGACUUUUGUCGUCUUGCAGAACUGAGACUCUGUAUCCCAUUCUUUCCCCCAUUCCCUAGCAGCCACCAUGCUAUAACGUAUCUCUACGAAUUUGACUGCUCUAGGUACCUCAUAUACACGACAUCCUACAGUAUUUAUUUUCUUUUGUGACUGAUUUAUUUCACUGCACAUAAUAUCUCAAGGUUCAUCCAUGUUGUAGCAUGUAUCAGAAUUAUCUUCUUUUUAAUGAUAGAAUAUUCCAUUGUACAUAUAUACCACAUUUUGUUUAUUAAUUCAUCCAUUGAUGGACAUUUGGGUUGCUUUCUGCUUUUUGGCUGUUAUGAAUAAUGCUACUCUGAGCACUGAUGUACAAAUAUCUCUUCAAGAUCCUGCUUUCUGUUCUUUUGGGUAUAUAGCUAGAAUUGGGUUUGCUGGAUCAUAUAGUAAUUCUGUUAAUUAAUACUUAUUUUUUUGAGGAAGCUCCAUAUUGGUUUCCAUAGCAGUUGUUCCAUUUCACAUUCCCUUCAGUAGUGCACAGGGCUCCAGUUUCUCCACAUCCUUGCCAGCAUUUGUUUAUUUUGUUUUUGUGUUUUUUUUUUUUUCUUUUUUUGGAUAGUAGAGAUGGUAUUACUAGGUAUCAAAGCUUUCAGGUAUAAUGCAGUGCCCUUUUGAUUUUGUGGUAGGAAGGUAGUGAUGAACUACGGCCUUUUAAUUAUCACUAGGUUAAAUAAAAAGUUGACUCUCGAAGGGCUGUGAUAGGGCAUCUAUAUGCCUCUUGAUUCAGGCGUAUCAUCUUGGAGGCUCACCGGGAAGCAUUGGUAUUGUUGGUGUGGAAGACUGGCAGCCACUUUUUGUACUGUUUGGGCCAAUAGCUUUGCUGCUGUAGGUAACUUGGUGUCUGCGUGUGUGAUACAGGACCAGGUAUGCCAAAAUGCAGGCAUUUCUCACUGCAUAGACUGUAAAAUAACUCUUUUGCAGAACUAAAAAGGCUACUAAGUUUGUUAUUCUUCCCACCCUCAAACCCCCAGCAAAUUUCCAUUUUCCUAAGUCUUGACAGCUGUGUUUAAAACAUUCAACACACCUAACAAUUACAGUCCAGUGGAGAAAAUGGGGCAAAUCAGACCUCAGAAAUCUCCAGCAGAGGUGGUUGUAGAACACAAACCCCAGAAAUGCGCUGAUGCUUCCUAAAGAGAAUUUUUGAAAUCACGGAGGAGUUAUGUUUGACCAUAAAUGUUGCAUUACAACUACCUGAAAGAUUAGAAUCAAAGAGGUUGCGUUAGGAAUUUCUUUUUAUGUUUAUUUUUGAGAGAGAGAGAGAGAGAGAGAGAGAGAGCGCGCGCGUGAGCGAGUGGGGGGAAGGGCAGAGAGAGAGAGGGAGACACAGAAUCUGAAGCAGGCUCCAGGCUCUGAGCUGUCAGCACAGAGCCCAAUGCGGGCUCAAACCCAUGAACUGUGAGACCAUGACCUGAGCCGAAGUCGGAAGCUUAACCAACUGAGCCACCCAGGUGCUCCAGAAAUAUUUAUAAACAAACACAUCCUUUAGCUUUUGUUUGUGUGUAAAAAUGGAAAAUCUUAGUAGGGUUUAUUUUUCUUGUUCACUUGUGUGGAUUUCCCUUCACUCCAACAGCAAUUCCUGGUGGCUCACGGUGGCAAAACAAAAAUCAUUCUUCCCUGUGGUUUGGGACACAGCCACCCAGCCUCAUUGGGAGUUCAAAUCCCAGUCAAUUCACCGCCUCCCCUGCUUUGCCUUCCUAAACUCCAGUUUGUAUAGAUGAUUACUUGACUCUGAAGCAGCUCAGUUUAACAAUUCCAAAUUUACAGUGGCUUCCCCGUACCCAGUAAAAUUAAUUUUACACACCCAACUCCUGUUUUUCUUCACACAUUGGUAUACCCACUGGUUUGAGAAUUCACAGUAAAUAUAAUUAAAGCUGUUGAAGCCAAAGAAUAUAAGGAUGUUUCCUCUGUGAUUAGCCCAUCUUCAGCGUCACUGUAAUAAGAGCGCUUUGUCUAAGAUCCCUGAAAACCCUGCCAGUGCUUCACAGCCUUUGUAAACUGAGAUCUCCACCGCUGUCACCAAAGGCAGGCAGGGUAUCCCCCAGGAGGGAUCAGCUCCUCUUGCCUUUUACUGUUUGCUGAUUGGAUUCUCUAUGGGAUAGUAAAGCUGGAUUAGGAGUCUGCAGCGGACAUCACAUGCUUUUCUAUGGGAAUGAUGCAGGAACUGGAGUGGAUUUCAUUACUGUCUUGAGAGGUGGCACCCCCAGAUUUCGGAAGUCUUCUUCUGGGAGUUUCCAACAGUGCCAAGUGUUGGAGAAAUCUUUUCUGCCCCUCUGAUAGCGUGAAUUGAGCAAAUACAGCCCAGCACUACGCUACCAAAGACAGCAAUCUCAGGUUUCAGAAGAUAACAAUGAAAUGUGAAGAAGUUACAUUUCUUACGUGAUACUUGAAAGUUAGUGACUGCUUGCCAAAUUUUCUGGAAAAUUAAAUAUGACUUAGAAGCAUUGAUGUAUGAAGGUUUAUGAUGUCAUCGGUUGCGACAGAAAGUAAACUCCAGCAGACUGUGAGCCUGCAGGGAGUUGACCCAGAAACAUGCAUGAUUGUAUUUAAAAACCACUGGGCACAGGUUGUGAAGAUCUUAGAGAAGCACGACCCCUUGAAGAACACCCAGGCAAAAUAUGGAUCCAUCCCUCCAGAUGAGGCCAGUGCCGUGCAGAAUUAUGUAGAACACAUGCUCUUCUUGCUAAUUGAAGAGCAAGCCAAGGAUGCUGCGAUGGGGCCGAUUCUGGAAUUUGUGGUCUCCGAGAACAUCAUGGAGAAACUCUUCCUUUGGAGCUUGCGGAGGGAAUUUACUGAUGAGACUAAAAUCGAGCAGCUAAAGAUGUACGAGAUGUUGGUCACUCAGUCGCACCAGCCUCUGUUGCACCACAAGCCCAUCCUGAAGCCCCUGAUGAUGUUGCUGAGCUCUUGUUCGGGAACAAGCACCCCUGCCGUGGAGGGGAAGCUGGUUGUCCUCCUCAAUCAGCUUUGUUCCAUCCUUGCCAAAGAUCCAUCUAUUCUGGAACUCUUCUUCCACACUAGUGAGGACCAAGGGGCAGCCAACUUCCUCAUCUUCUCCCUUCUGAUUCCCUUCAUUCACCGAGAGGGGACAGUGGGUCAGCAGGCCCGGGAUGCUUUGCUUUUCAUCAUGUCUCUGUCUGCUGAGAACAGCAUGGUGGCCAAUCACAUUGUGGAGAACACCUACUUUUGUCCAGUACUUGCAACCGGGCUCAGUGGUCUCUACUCUUCCCUGCCUACAAAGCUCGAAGAGAAAGGUGAGGAAUGGCACUGCCUUCUGAAGGACGACUGGCUCCUACUCCCUGCUCUCGUUCAGUUCAUGAACUCCCUGGAGUUUUGCAAUGCCGUCAUACAGGUGGCUCACCCCUUGAUUCGCAAUCAGCUUGUUAAUUAUAUUUACAAUGGGUUCUUGGUACCGGUCUUGGCUCCUGCGCUCCAUAAGGUGACUGUGGAGGAGGUCAUGACCACAACUGCAUAUCUGGACCUUUUCCUGCGUAGUAUCUCCGAGCCAGCAUUACUCGAGAUCUUCCUCCGUUUUAUCCUGUUGCACCAGCACGAGAAUGUCCACAUCCUAGAUACUCUCACAAGCCGAAUCAACACCCCAUUUCGGCUCUGUGUGGUGUCCCUGGCAUUGUUUAGAACUCUCAUCGGUUUACAUUGUGAAGAUGUGAUGUUACAGCUAGUUCUAAGGUAUCUGAUCCCUUGCAACCACAUGAUGCUGAGUCAGAGGUGGGCCGUGAAGGAGAGAGACUGUUACUCUGUUUCUGCGGCCAAGCUGCUCGCCCUGACCCCCGUCUGCUGCUCCAGCGGGAUCACCCUGACUCUUGGGAACCAGGAGAGGGACUAUAUUCUCUGGUCAAAGUGUACACAUGAUAGUUCAGGGGCCGUGGAGCAGCCAGUGCCCCAGGUGUCGUCUCCGUCGGCCUGCAUCGUGGAGUACGGCAAAGCCCUGGACAUCAGCUACCUGCAGUACCUGUGGGAGGCCCACACCAACAUCCUCCGCUGCAUGAGGGACUGCCGAGUCUGGUCCGCCCUGUACGACGGAGACUCCCCUGACCCGGAGACGUUUGUCCAGAGCCUGACGGAGGACAGCGCCGUCGGCUCCCCCUAUCCUGUGUUCAGGCUCCCGCAGCAACUCCCCAGGAAGACGGGCUCUCCGCUGCCUCCAGGAAAGGAGAAGAGCCACACGGAGCUGGAGUGGGAUGACAGCUAUGACACCGGCAUCUCCUCAGGGGCGGACGUGGGCUCCCCCGGGCCUUAUGAUGAUCUGGAGAAUUCGGGCCCGCCGGCACCAGUCGACCCCCCCAGACACAUCCAGGAGAUGAAGAAGAACGCCAUCCUGCUCUUCAAAGGGUCCUACAUUGAAGAGUCCGACUUCCAGGAUGAUGUGAUGGUGUACCGGCUGUGUGCCGAGAAGGACUCUGAGGACACUAGGAAGGUACAGGCGGAAACCGCCAGCCCUGCAAGCCAAGCCCAGACUGAGGUUCAGGGUCCUGCCUUGAACAACGGCCCCCAGCCCAGCCCUCCGUCAGGCAUGGAUUCAGAGGAGGAACACGGUAGGGACAAUUUAGACCUGUUUCCAAAUGCGUCCAAGGGACCGAAACAAGAAGAGGAGCUGGAAAUAGCCCCGCAACCGAGCCCGGAGUUAGUGUCUCCCAUCUCCGAGGACGAACACGAUUCAAAGCCGAUGGUCAUUAACCCAGGGGGUGAAGAUUUCAUCACCCAGUAUGACCAAAUCAUUAAAGAACUGGAUUCGGGCCCCGAGGGCUUGACAGAAGAGAAUUUCCCCUCGCCUGCUGUCUUGCAUCUCAAGGGAGAGCAAGAGGGGAACGAAGAAGAGAGCAAAGGAGAAAAGGAGGACGAAGAGGAGGAGGCCGGGGAGAAGGCCCUGGAAGAGGAGGACGACUUUGAUUCUUUUAUAGCAGACGCUCCCACCAUCGACGCCGCGCCGUCCCCGUUUGGGGUGAGAGAUGAGACUGCCUUUGCCAGUCAGCCUCCCGUGAGGACUCAGAGCACCCCGUUCACAGGCCCAUUCAUCAGCGUGGUCCUGUCAAAGCUGGAGAACAUGCUGGAGAACUCUCUACAUGUUAAUUUGCUGCUUAUCGGGAUCAUUACUCAGCUAGCCAGCUACCCGCAGCCUCUCCUGCGCUCCUUUCUGCUCAACACCAACAUGGUCUUCCAGCCAAGUGUCCGCUCCCUCUAUCAGGUCCUUGCGUCUGUGAAAAACAAGAUUGAGCAGUUUGCUUCUGUGGAGAGAGACUUCCCGGGGCUCCUCAUACAAGCCCAGCAAUACCUGCUCUUCCGAGUGGACAUGUCUGACCUGACCCCUGAGUCACUAACCAAAGAUCCCAUUCAGGAUGCUUCCAGGACAGGAAUUGGCAAGAACCUUUUGGAUGGUCCCCCAAGAGUGCUUCAGCCCUUCCUGACAAACAGAGCCAAGGUGGCUGGGGUGCCCCCAAGCCUGCCCCUGCCCGUGAGGAACACCAUGCUGGCCGCUGCCCUCUUCCCAGAGUUCCUGAAGGAACUGGCUGCCUUGGCCCAGGAACACUCCAUUCUGUGCUACAAGAUCCUGGGUGACUUUGAGGACUCCUGUUGUUAGUUUUUUUUUUUUUUUUUUUUUUUUUUUUGAUAGAGGUUCUUGUUUUUAAGGUUUUAGCGUCUUGACUGAAUGUUAAAUGCAAAGCUGCUUACAAAAAUUUCUACUUUGAUAUUUCCUGACAAUACUUGAUUUGUGGGGAGGGAAAUUUUCUGUGUACCUCCUCUUUCUCUAGCCGGGUCUUUCCACCUCCUCUAGAAUGUAAGUCUCAUAAGCUGGUAACUCCUUGGGCAGGUUUUCUUUUCUUUUUUACUCCUCAAUUUUUUGGUAUUCUCCCAUCCCUUUGAGUCACUUAUCUUGCAGCUUAGAGCUUAGAUCACACCAAGCAAAUACUGGGGUUCCAUGAUUUCUGGAAGUACCCCGGGUUAGAAGGCUCAGCUCUUCAAAUAACACAUGAAUGAACAUCUGUUCCGGUUGCCUUCUGCAUUUUGGUUUCCCUUUUCUAAAAGGGAAGAAUAAAGACGGGGCCCCGCUUUCCUCUAUCACACAAGCAUGUA